CGGGUAUACCAGCUACCAGUAUACCUAGAGCGAGGCUAGAGUUGAGACAACUUUUAUAAAUGUGACACUGCAGGUUCCCCACCUCUGAAAUCGCCUUCGUGACGAUGGGACUCUUCAGCGACCUCACCGGAAAUGCUAUUUCCGUUGUGACCUUUGACAUCAGUGAUGAUACAUAUGUUCAACAGGCGAACCGGAAGUUGUGUGUGGCAUUCUUGAUUACCCUUUCAGCCCUUGUGAGCGCAAGACAAUAUGUUGGUGAUCCUAUUACGUGUUUUUGUCCAGCACAGUUCGAGAAAUUUCAUGUCGCUUACACAAAUAGCUACUGUUGGAUAAGAAACAAUUACGCCGUUCCAUUUGAUGAGAUACUUCCGGUCUCAGAUAUUUCGCGAGAGGGUCGUGAGAUCUCGUACUACCAGUGGGUUCCGCUUAUUCUUGUAUUUUUAGCAGCUAUGUUUUACUCUCCAAGGUUAUUUUGGAAAGGAACAUCUGGACAUUCUGGGAUAAAUACAAAGAAAAUUCUUCGCAUGUCAAACGAAGCAACUUACAUGUCUCCGACGAAGCGCGCGGAACAUAUCAAUGUGAUAAUGUCUUAUAUAGACAAAUGGAUAGACAUCCGGGACGGAAAGUCAUCAGUACCUCAUCGAAUUAGACGGGUAAAAGAUAAAUUCCAUAUUAGUUGCAUCAACUCUGGAAAUUACCUGUCAUUUAUCUACAUAGUGACAUGUCUGUUUUACCUGUUGAAUACGAUUGGACAGGUUUUUAUGAUCGAUUCCAUUUUAGGCAACGACUUCUUGAAUCUUGGACCUGACUUUAUCCGCGGAAUGACAACCAACCAAGAUUGGGAGGAUUUGAAACGAUUCCCCAGAAUAGCAUUCUGUGAUAUGGAUAUCAGACAACUUCAAAACAUCCAAAGAUGGACAAUUCAGUGUUCUCUUCCUAUUAACUUAUUCAACGAGAAAGUUUUUAUUAUGUUGUGGUUCCUGUUAAUAACCAUGUCUGUUGUAAAUGGUGUGUACCUUGUGAUAAAUCUAACCAUGGUUGUAAUUCCGAGAAAGAAGAAUAUGUACAUUCGGAAAUUUUUGGAUUGUACACAAUUUCCUGCAGAAAUCCGAAAUAGUGCAAAAUUAUUGGAUGUCGAAAGGAAAUUUGUGGACAUAUAUUUGAAACAGGAUGGCGUAUUACUUCUGUGGUUGGUAAGCCAUAACACUAGCCAGGUGGUGGGCUCCGAACUAGUAGAGAAACUGUGGAUAAACUACUGUAAAAAGCCAUACGUUCAAACGUUCAUGACAAUAACCGAGAUAGAACCGUAAUCAUUCAGGAGUAAUCGUUCUUUUUUUCCAAACUGGGUGAUUCAAAUGCUUUUUCGUUCAUAUUUCAUCCUCAAUUUGCCGAUUUUUGUGUAAAAAAUUUGGUAUGUGACCUAUUUGACUUUGACUUAUUUGUGUUUUACGUAUUAAUUUUAAGGCAUUUAAGAUUACUCAAAGAUAUACAGUCAGGACGAUCGUAUUUUCCUUUAAGGUUAGGGUCAUGCCCAUUUAGAAAUCAUGAAUGUGUAAAUUAUCUCUAUUGUUGUUGAUUUCUUACGAAAUUGUUUAAAUAAGAAUUUGAGUGAACAAGGGAAUUCGAUUUUAUAGUGCUGUUAUCUGUGAUUUUUUAGUAUUAAUUCAUCUGGUUGUAUUUUCGUUAUUGUGUUGGUGUAAGUGAUUGAAUGUUAAGUAAUACAUACCGGUCUGAAGUGUUUUCAAUGAAGGAACACCUUGUCUAAUGUAUACGUAUGUUGGUAUGUUGUCCUCGUUAUGUAGAAAUUCAAUGUCAAUAGUAAAGUUGUUUUUUGUAAUAAUCACUAUAUGGUACAUCUGACUCAGUAAAAAUGCCCGGCUUGUUUGUGA